AUCAGCAUUUUUAUACGCCUUUUAUUGUUAAACCCAUUAUUCCUAAUUUAGAUUAUGUUGAAUAUUCGCGCUCAUUCACACGUCAAUGCGAACAUCUCAUUAUCAAACUAGAUUACACACUUGCAAACUUAACGUUAAAUAUCCAUUUGGUAAGUUGUUUUAAGUUUUAGAGAUCCAUUGGGUUGGCAGCGUAUUAGCAUCCACCGCUACUACAUUAAUGACUGUAAAAUAAUAAAUAAACAGUAUCAUAAAUGCGAUAAAUAUGGGUUUCUCACUUUGGAAUUUAUUCGAAGCUACUAUAUUAGUUUUGAAUGCUGCUUGUAUUUUGCACGAAGAAAGAUUUCUUAUGAAAUAUGGUUGGGGUGCGAAUCAAAAUAUUCAGGGUUUUGGAGAGCCUCCCACAGUCAAAUCACAAAUUUUGAAUUUACUUAGAUCAAUUCGCACAGUCGUUAGAAUUCCAUUAAUAUUUUUCAAUAUUGUAACAAUAUUUAUAAAAUUAAUUUUUGGAUAAGAGGAUAAAUAUUCCAAUGAAUUGUACAUAGAUUAUAUAAUGAUAUAAUGAUUUAUGUUUAAUAAAAUUUGUACGCUCGC